CCUUACCACCUGCAACCGUUCGUUCAUUCCUUUCGUAUCGACCAAGGUCGUUGUUUUAUCCUCCCGCACACAAAUCCAUCGUCUGCCAACCCAACAAUGACUGAAGAAAUCCGCGCCCAAUCUUAUGUCGGUUUCGACUCUAUUACCCAGCAGAUUGAGCAUAAGCUCUUGAAGCGGGGUUUCCAGUUUAAUGUCAUUCUUGUUGGUCAAACGGGUUUGGGCAAAUCCACGCUCAUCAACACCAUCUUCGCGUCGCACUUGAUUGAUUCGAAGGGUCGCUUCACUGCGGAUGAGCCUGUGAGACAGACGACGGAGAUUCAGGCUGUUUCUCAUGUCAUCGUGGAGAAUGGUGUCAAGCUUCGCCUGAACAUUGUUGACACCCCUGGCUUUGCUGACCAGGUUAACAACGAGGGAUGCUGGGAUCCUAUCAUCAAGUACAUCAAGGAUCAACACAGCGCUUACUUGCGCAAGGAGUUGACUGCUAUGCGAGACCGCUACAUCCAGGACACCCGCAUCCACUGCUGCUUGUACUUCAUCAGCCCCACUGGUCACAGUCUCCGACCCAUCGAUGUUAUUGUGAUGAAGAAGCUCAGCGAGGUCGUCAAUGUUGUUCCUGUCAUUGCCAAGGCUGAUAGCUUGACGUUGGAGGAGAGGGAGCGAUUCAAGAGCAAGAUCCGUGAAGAGCUCAUUUACAACAACAUUCGUCUGUAUCCCUUCGAUACCGAUGAGGAUGAAGAGGAGGAGAUUCAAUUGAACGAGUCUAUUCGGGAGGUGGUUCCAUUCGCCAUCGUCGGCUCGGAGAACAACGUCAUUAUCGAUGGCAAGGCUGUUCGUGGCCGCAAGACUCGAUGGGGUGUUGUCAACGUUGAGGACCCCAACCACUGCGAAUUCGUUCACCUGCGCAACUUCCUCACCCGCACCCACUUGCAAGAUCUCAUUGAGACGACCGCUCAGAUCCACUAUGAGGCGUUCCGCUCGAAACAGCUUUUGGCUCUCAAGGAGGGUGUUAACCAGCAACGACCUGCUGCUCCUCAGUAAAUGUGAUAUCCUACCGCCACGUACCUAUCAUCAUCUUGUAAUCCUCCCGAUGACGUCUCCUUGAUACCCUACCCACUAGUGCAUUUUUACUCGACUCCCUCGACCUAUUUCUUUACCACCUUUUUUCGGAUUCUUUCGCUCCUUAGUAUUUGUCUUGAGUACUCCAUCUCGCUCGUUUAGUAUUCCCUCGGAACUCUUGUUUUUUCUUUCUUGGUAUAUGAGCUAAUAGUACAGAUUCCUG